CGGCAACACCCGCGUGCGGUUCAACAUGCUCGAGGAUGCCCAGAGCAUGAUCGAGAGCACGGACAGGAUGUUCGGUAGCAAUGCGUCUUUGAGCGCAUUAGCGUGCGCUGACGUCGGGUAAUCGAUUUUUGAAGCGCCGAUCUAGCGUCGGUCAGCCAUCCUCGAUGAGCGUCGGUUAGAGUCGACUAGCGUCGAUUUAGCGUCGAUUAGCGUCCAUUCGCAAGAGCCAGCAAUAUGGAAUGGGAGGACCCCAUAAGAUGCCACAUAAACAGGAACAAUAUCCUCCAGAAGGCCAUCCGCCUGUACAUGGCCGAGAGGUACGGGCUCGACUCCCUGGAGCUGGAGACCAAUCUGGUUCCCGCCAGGAAGAUCAAGAUGGAGACAAAGAAGGACGUGUAUGGAGAGCGGAGCACUUUCAGCGGCUCCUACAACCAGCUGCGGGCGUUCGAGGUGCAGUGGAUGCCCAAGAAGGGCAUGUGGCUCCUGGUUGACAAGGAGAGGCAGAUCUGGUUCAUGCAGACCACCAACGAGCAACAGGUCGGUCAAAAUCCGGACACCGCGGCCAUUCAGGUCAAAACUGUGUUCUCAAUCAAGAGCUACGGUUCCAACGCUUCCAAUAAUGUGAACGACUGGAUCGAUGAGGCGUUUACUUUUUUCAAGGAGCAGAAGAAGAGCGAACAGGAUACCUCUCGCUUCUUUUACGUCGCCUUGAGCCCAGAAGCUGGCGACAAGUCCCAGGCUGGUGCGGCGAAGAUUCUGUUUAAACAGUACCUUCUCUCUGAUGGCAAAACUUUCAACUCAUUGUUUUUUCCAGAGAAGGAGGCGCUCCUUAGACUCAUUGACCAGUUCCAGAGAAAGGAGGGCAAGUUCGCGAUAAGAGGCUUUCCAGACAAGCUUGGCCUUCUGUUGGAUGGGCCGCCAGGUACAGGCAAGACGUCGCUGAUUAAGGCCCUCGCGCACUAUACCAACAGGCACGUCGUUUCUGUGAAUUUGGCCAAGAUAAAAACGAACCAGGAGCUCAUGGACCUCCUGUUCGACUUGGUCUUCCCCGUGCAAGGGGGGGACCUACCAGUGAAGAUGAAGUUCGAAGACAUCAUCUUUGUCAUGGAGGACGUGGACGCCGCGAGCAAGGUCGUGUACGCCCGAGGCAAGAAGGGAACUAAGAGAAAAGCAAAGAACAAGAGCAAGGCAGCAGGCGUGCAGGUCGCCGCCAAGGGCGGGUCCAAGGACCCCCCGCCCACGCCGUCCAAGGCCGCGCCUCCAGCGAUGCCCACGCUGCUGCGGAUGAUCAGCGGCAACGACAAGGGCGAGAGCGAGGAGCCCCAGAAGGGCGACGGCAAGGAGGCCGAGGAGGGGGGCGAGGAGAACGGCGAGGAGGGCGAGGGCGAGGACGGGGACGAGGAGGGCGAGGAGGACGGCGAAGCCGCGGCGGAGAAGGUCAAGGGAGAGG